GGACCAUGAGCUGUUGUACAAUUACACCUUCUUCCGUAUCGUUGACUCAUCAGACAUGGCAGAAAUAGCAGCUGGAGCCCUUGUCGCCGAACAGGCUGUGUCUACCACUGUCGAAGCCAGUGCCGUCGCUGGAUACGCUGUUGCCAAACCUACAGUACCUCUGAAAGCUACCUUUUCGCAAAUCGCUACUGCAGACAAGGACGAUACUACGUAUCCACCCUCUCCUGGCCUUCCAAAAAAUAUGGAAGCUGAUAUAUGUCUAGCNUUGGCUCUUGCACGCUCACAUCAUACCGUCAGCAUUGCCAAUGACAAGGCAUGCAUCUUUGGGGGUCAAUCGACUGGCGGGAAGCUGGCAUCUAACGACAUCCACACCGUGACUCUUCCUCUGAAGCAAACCAGUCCAACAGACAUUGCUUACGCCUGCUACCCAGCUGUUCCUCGCGAUGAAGGAGCUGCUGUGCCAAAAGCACGCACAAGACAUGCUGCUUGUGUUCAAGGUCAUGAGCUCGCUGUAUUCGGCGGUUGUGACGAGCAACACUCACUUGUAGACCCAGACUCUUCCUUGUGGAUAUGGAACAUCGAGUCAACAAAAUGGCAUCAGAUUGUGACAGAUAGCCCGAAGCCCUCGCCUAGAUUCGAUCACAAGCUGUUUCAUUACGGCGGACAUCUCUUGCUUCAUGGCGGACGAUCGUCUCCUGUAACUCAGCUCAACGACACUUGGUUCUUCGAUAUGAUCUCGCACGCUUGGACUCAGCUGCCUGAUGCUCCAGAGCAGUCUGAAAGUGUAGCCUUUGCUGACGGCACACUCUACCUAGUCACCAAUUCGCCAGCUGAGGGCAUCACUCAUGUAUACAGACUUGAGAUUGGUGACAGCGUUCCCGCUCCAGGAUCGCCACACGGACUAGAAUGGCAGAGAAUCACCAAUCCCUCAGAAGUUCCAUCGCCUGGCCCAGGGGCUCGAAUCGGUGGCGCGCUAGUGCCCAUAACCACUGGGUAUGGCCGUCUGUAUCUUGUCUACUUCUUCGGUAGUAAGGAAAACCAUGCGGACCCUGAAGAACUCGAAAAAUCAAUCGAGUCACGCGACACAACUAGACCUAUUGAGUCCGAUCUAUGGACCUAUCAGCUGCCAUCCAAGUCGACCAAACCUACAACGUGGACAGACUUUAAACCGGCUGCCAUCAAAGAUAUAAUUCGGGACAAGUUGGGCUACAAGAGUGGUGGUUACGAGUGGGCUGAAAUUGAAGUGCAAGCUACAGAGCAGAGCGGCCACGAGGGCAAAGUGCACCCUGGACCUCGAGCGUUCUUCGGAGCAGAUGUCACGAGCGAUGGNAAAAGUGUAGUCAUAUGGGCGGGAGACAAUGCAAGAGGCGAGAAGGAAGCGGAUGGCUGGCUCAUCCACUUCGAA